UUGGAAGGAGCGCGUGGUGAAACGCGUGCGUCUAAACGAUUUUCUCGAGAACAGUUCCUUGAAAAGACACAGAACCUCGUUUCGCGAGUGUGUGACACGUAGUGCGAGGAAUAGACGAGUGACACCGAGAGUCUGUCCUCUUACAUAACGAAAAGGAAGAAGACAGACAGUACAGAAGAGUGAUCGAAGGAAGGAGGAUAAAGUCAACUGUCACACUUUGCGCUCUCGAGUGAGAGCUUAACAGCAAAGAAGCGCGAACUUAACCUCUUAGUGGGUGCGACAAAACCAGCCUAUUUAAAAGUUUCGUCCCCGAGAGAAACAGAGAUAUAUAAAAAGGGACACCACGUAUUCGAAAUCAGGCACGGAUCAGAGGGUCCAGAAAAUGGACUCGCCUGUCAUCGUGGACACAGCAUCCGAAUUCGGGGACCCGAUUGAUUUGGACCGUCCGUUCCCCGGAUUCCCAUUCGACGACGACGGUUUGGGUCGACGCAGUGACAUCCGUGCCCAUCUGGACGACUUAGCAGCCCGUCAUCCAGAGUUCGCCGACCAUUUGCUGGGCCCUCCCUGGGGCGACAUCCCCUUUCACGGCACAUUUCGCAACCGUAAUCGCGACUCUGGACGGAACAACAACCAAGGCUACUCCGACGAGGACGCGAGGAGCCAAGCGAGCGGAAGCAGCGGUGCCAGCGCCGCAAGUUCCCAUAGCGAGGCUGACAGUAAUCAGAAUCAACACGAGAACAAAUCCUCGAGUUUCGAACAGAGUGGCGGCAAAAGAGGCCAACAGAUACCUCAGUACGGAUUGCGUAACACGGUGGACAUAGGUCAGCACCAUCACAACAUGGAGAACGCCGACAGAAGUAACCGUGGUCAACGCUCGAUGUCUGCCCCACCGGAGAAUAGACAAACGUCCAAUCAGCAUCCUCAGCCACAGCAGGAGCAACAGCAAGAGCAGCCACAACAGCCACAGAGAUACGUAUCCAGGAUAGAUAUCACUCCGCAGCACAAUCAGCCUCAGCAACAGCAGCAACAGAAGCCGCAACAACAACCGCAACAGCCUCAACAGCCACAGAAGCCACAACCGCAGCAACAACAGGGCAACGUCAGGCAUAUUCCAAUCUUCGUCGAGGGUAGAGACGAGCCAGUCCUACCAAGAAGCUUCGACGAGAACCCGCAUUUCCGGAGGGAACCCUCCCCUACACAGUUUCACACACCGCCUCAUUUCCGGAGGGAAACCUCUCCAACGCAGUUUCACACGCCACCUCAUUUCCAGAAAUCGUCGCCUUUCGGCCAGCACUUCGGUGGAAGACACCAAUGGUCGCCACACUUCCAGGAACAGUUUUAUCCACCGCAAAGCACCUUCGAGCAGCCAUCUAGAAGGCAACAACAGACUCAUAGCUUCCAGCAGCCGAGACAGCAGCAACAGUAUACCGAGAGACAGCCUCAGCAGCCUCAGCAACCUCAACAACAGCAUUACGAGCAACCAAAGCAACAGAAGCCUCAACAGCAGAGUCAACAGCAACAACAGGAACCACCAAAGCCUAAACCUAACGUUCCGAAGGAUCCAUUGGAGAGGGUUGCUCUUGUACAGAAGGAGGUCGAUUCUCUGGCUGAGCAGGUGAAACAGUACAGUGGAAAAUCGAAGACGGAUAAGCAGUACAUCUAUCUAGAUGAGAUGCUCACUAGAGAAUUGAUCAAGCUGGAUGUUAUCGAGACAGAGGGAAGGGAUAACGUGAGACAGGCGCGUAAGAAUGCUAUAAGGAGUAUACAGGAAACGAUCAGCUUGCUGGAAUCAAAGGCUGGAGUCAAAGUGUCAGAGGAGAAAGAGGUGAAUCAGGAGGUGUCUGAUAAGGUCGAGGAAGGUGGAGAGCCUGAGUCGAUGGAUGUUGAUCAGAAGACCGAGGAGCAGGCACAGAAUAGAGAGCCUAUUCCUCUGCCUCCUGGUCCAUCGUCCCCUACGAAGAAGCCUGAAGAGGCUAACGAAGUUUCUGUGGAGAAAGUAGAUGAUUCUAGCAAUGAUCAGACGUUGAACGAGCCACAGGAGACGUCUAGUCAGGUUUCUGGUGAACCUAUGGACACGACUCUAGCAGAGAAGCCGGAGGUGACGUUAAUGGACGUGCAACAGUGUCCAGAGCAAGCUGCUGUAACUGAGGAGAAUAAAUUAGAUAACGUUCCUCAGGAGCAGAAGCAGGAAAAUCCUGUUGAAGAGAAAAAGACAGAGGAUGCUUCUGAACAAAAGAUAGAGAACGUUUCCUCUGAGGAGGUGAAAACAGAGAAUAAUCCUGAGGAGAAGAAGACGGAGAAUGUUUCUUCGGAAGAAAAGAAAGCUGAGAAUACUGCCAAGGUGAAGAAAGAAUCGGCUGCUUCUGACGAGAAGAAGAAAACCGCGAACGUUUCCAAGGAAAAGAAGCAAGAGAAGGCUGAUGGUAAACAGUCCACUCAGGAGGAACAACAGAAACCAGUGGAGGAAACGAUGGAGGUGGACAGUGAUGUGAAACAGUCGCCGAAAUCCCAGAAAAAAGGGAAGAAGACGAAGAAACAGACUCCGGUGUCCGAUAAACCAAUACCGUUGCCCGCACCGGAGAACACUGAGACCAGUGCAAAAUAGAAUUGUAAUUGGGCAACGAGGAAAGAGUUUUGUUCACAAUUCUAAUUGCACCAAAAAAUGUACGGUGGACCUUAGCUACUGUGGCUUCGUUUAUCGCCAGGACAGAGCCACCAUGUACUAAUAGAAAGAAGGGCAGAAAAGAGGAGGAAGAGAGUCU